AACGUUGUUGCCGCUUUCCUCGCGAAUCAGCGUCCUCGGGAGGGUCUAGGGUUAGGAUUUUGGUGGGAAGAUGAGAAGCUUGCAAAAUCAGAGGAUCCAGAGGAACUGAGAGACGCGAUGGACUCAAUGUCAAAGAUGUUGAAAGAUCUGAAGGAGUUGCGUUUCAAUGCCAUGCAAAAUCGACGAGAUUGUGUGGACGUGAAGAAGAAGGGUGUUUUACACGGGACUCAUCAAAAGCAAACCCUUAAUCCUCAAUCGUGUUCUGCAAGUCUUUGCAUUCAAGAUGAUGUAAGUGUUAAUUUCAACGGGUUCAAGAAGAACACAGAAGAACAAACCCUAGCGGUUUCUGACAACAGCAGCAACAGCAACGGUUUACUUGUAAACUUGGAUGGGUGCAAUCAAGAUUUUGAUCUUGAUGAGAUCUUUGAUUAUGUGACAACAUCUGAAGCUCUAUCGAUGAACUUGGAGAUGGACGAUGUCUCUACGGUGACGACGAAUCAAAAUCCGUUCUCAUGUUCUGAAACUGUUGAAGGUGGAGAAUUGGUGAUUCACAGAAAUUUGGAUGAGGACAAUAUCCACUUGUCUGAUUUGGAUGACGAUGUUCUCCACUUGUCUGAUUUGGAUGAGGAUCAGAUCCUAGCGAUUUCUGAUAACAACAAGAAUGCGGCUACAUCUGAAGUUUUGGAGAAGAAUGAUGUCUCGACGGCGAAAACGUAUCAGAAUCCUUGUUCUGAGUCUGAAGCUGUUGUAGAUGGUGAAUUGGUGAUUCCCAGAGAUUUGUAUGAGGACAAUAUCCACUUGUCUGAUUUGGAUGAGGAUCAUAUGCUAAUGAUUUCUGACAACAACAAUGUUUUACCUGAAAACUUGAGUGAAUUCGAUCUAGAUCUUGAUCAGCUCAUUGCUUUUGGGACGAACUAUGAAAGUCUUUUGAAGAGUUUUGAGAUUGAUUAUGCCACGAUGGUGACUACAAAGCAAAAUUUGAGCUCUAAUUCCGAAGCUGUGGAAGGUGGAGGACUAAUAAUGAUUCAAAAAGAUUUGAAUGAGGAUAAUCUCUGCUUUUCUGAUUAUUUCAAUGAGUUAUAACCUCCAUUGCUACAAUUUGAAACUCCCUCCAAGUUAAUAAUUGAUUUAAGGAUUGAUUCGGUUUACUUUGGUUAGAGAUAUAUUUCCUCAAGGAAGGGUCCGGUUUGACUUCAAUCAAUUUUCCAAGCUUCAUUGGAUUUCUGGGAUGUUGAUCGAACUCAAACCGGUUCAGUUUUGGUUUGCCUUAACUAAUAAAGAAACCAUCUUUGU